UGUCGGGAGUGCUGGUAUGUGGAGAUCACAGUGAAAAAUAGAGAGGGAAGUAUCUCUGAGGUUUUGGAGAGAUUCUUCAGCCAAGCAUAACAUUGCACAAAAGGCACUGGAUGAUCAUAGCUAAACAAUGUCUAGACUAUGUGGAGUUGUCCAUGCAAAAUGGAUAAUAAGGAAACUAAUUGGAACCAAAAUACAUAAAACUGCCAAAGUGAGAGUGACAAGGCUUGUGCUGGAUCCUUAUUUACUAAACUUCUUUAAUAAGCGAAAAAUUGAUUUCACUCAUGAUCCAUUGCAGCAAUGUGCCGUCGGAGACAUUGUUCUUCUAAAAGCUUUGCCUGAGCGGAGGACCAAAAAUGUGAAACAUGAACUGGCUGAGAUUGUUUUCAAGGUUGGAAAUGUCAUAGAGCCAGUGACUGGAAAGGCCUGCGCAGGAACCAGGUUCCUGGAUAGUCUAACAGACUCAGAAAGUCUACCUGAGGCAGACACCACCUACCUAAGUGAAAAGCUCCAAGAACUAAAUGUUUCCUCAACAAAGAAAUAA